GCCAUGUGAGAGAGGAGCAGCGGGCGAGCAGACCAAUGGCCACGUCCGACUAAGAGCAGAGCGGUGUCCCCCUCCCCCCCCUGCCCUCGCCCUCCCUCGCCCUCCCCCCACUCCCUCCCUCCCUCCCCUGAAUGAGGUUGAGAAGAUGACUCUCACCAGCAGACAGUCCUUCAAUGUCCUGACGGUGGUGUUCCUCCUGCUGUCCAGCGCAGCUCUCUCGGCCCACUACCGCGUGUGCGAACCCUACUCCGACCUCAAGGGGCGCUACCACUUUGGCUUCCACUGUCCGCGCCUCUCGGACAACAAGACGUACAUGUUCUGCUGCCACCACAACAACACCGCCUUCAAGUACUGCUGCAACGAGACCGAGUUCCAGACCGUCAUGCAGAUCAACCUCACCUCCACCACUGACGGCUACGCGCACAAUAACUACACUGCCCUGGUGGGCGUGUGGAUCUACGGCUUCUUCGUCAUGGUGCUGCUGGCCCUGGACUUCCUGUACUACUCGGCCAUCAACUACGAGCUGUGCCGGGUGUACCUGGAGAAGUGGGGCCUGGGGGGCCGCUGGCUGAAGAAGGCCCGCAGCCAGUGGCACCAGUCCAUGCCGGUGGAGAGCGAGGCCCAGGCCGUGCCCAUGAUGCCGGCCCACUACCAGCCCCAGCAGAGCCUGAGGGGGGAGAGCCGCAGCCCCACGCUGCUGCCCUACAACACCUCCACCGCCUGAUCGAUGCUCUGUUGGCUGCAGAGGACCUCUCCCGAUCCCCACAGACACCUCCACCAUCACGUCACCCAAGCUGGGAGGACGUUGGAGGAGGAUACCGGAGCAGCCAACAGGGACUACUCCCAACCCCCCCACCACCACCCUCUGCCCCCUGCCAACCCGAUCACCCUGACCCUCAUUCUGGCGUCGCUAACGGGCACAACAACCUGCCAAUGGACCUUUUGAAGAAGGAAAAGCCGGCUCGGGCCCGUCACACUGAGUCGGCACAGCAACGGACUGCUGAGGGGGAAUGUGAGGAGAAGGGAGGAUCUUACUGCUGCUAUCAGGCCACUGCAGCAAAAAAGAGGAAGAAAAAACAACAACAAGGAGCACCAGACACAUUCAGCUGCUCGUAGCCAUUUUAGCUGAUCCCCCCUCCCUCUGACACAAAAUGACACAACAGUUUGCUGUGUUCCACUCGUGCCCAGCACGCCACUGGACGAACUGUAGUUUGUGCAAAAGUGGCGAAAGUCGGCUCAGUCGGCUUUAAACAAAAAAAAAGAAAACGAAUAUAUAUAUAUAUAUAUAUCUUUCUUAGAUAUAUGGUGUCUCUUACACUGCUGUGUCAGUUUGUGUUGAGUAGCAAUUAGACACAGUUGUGUGCUAUCUAGUUGGUGGUUUAUUUAUGUACGAGUGCGAUUGGUUGGCGUUCUUUAAACUGAUUUUACCCCAGGUUGAUGCAGAGCAUAACCCCCUUAGUUUUAUAACUUGGUACAAACAACAAAACAACAAAACGACAAAAAAACAGCACAGACCGAGAGAGAAACGGAUUCAUCUAUAAUGUGAUCCAGUCGACAGGGAACAGCGCCAUACAGCAGAGUCGCUGUAUCAGAAUGUUUUACGCAAGAUAAACUCCCUCAGUAGCAUGGUAAGGUUGCAAUAAGGGCUUGUGAAGACCAUAGAUAUACGUUUCCUCCUCCACAGUUACACGAAAGAUCAGGGACACCACCUCAACCAGGCGCCCAUGCUAAACUUCAGCUAAUUUGGGCUACAAGUGGGCUACAAGUCCAUUAUUUAUUUAGUGUAGAGAAGGUGUGUUUUGAUGGGUGGUACUUGUGGUGAUACAACACUCUGUUACCCCCCCCCCCCCCCCCUCCCAGCUGUACAACGGUUCGAAGAGCAAUACAACAUGCAUCAAUAUUGAUUUGGAUCAUUCAUAAAGAAACACCAUAUUUCCCACAAUAGUUACAAGACAACUGUCAGACACUUACGCCAUAAUAAGCAAAUAAACCAAUGGAAAAUAACAGCCUCCAAUAUCAGCAAUAAUGUACAGUUGUGUAUUCAGACCAGAACCGAGUGGGUGCAAGGAAAGGGAAAGAAAGAUUGGCAGGUCAAAUUAGCACACCUCCCUCACGGCGUAAAGCCACCGGGGUUUUCACAUAGGAGCCUUUGCUCAGGUCACAACCUCAUUGCGAUUCCAUAGUUAUCUAUUAGCAUAAUGCAUCCAUAUUCAGUGUACAAACAGUGCACCGGGGAACGCAAGCGAAAACAAUCAUUAUGUAAGCCAACACGCCACAGCGAGUAGCACCUGAUAGAAGCAACACAAAACCAUUUUCUCUGAGCUGAUUUGAAUUCGAUGGUUAUGGGUUUUUGGCGAGUGUGUAUAUAGUGGAGAAGGUGGAGGGAGCAGUUGAUGGGUUGAUUGGGUAGGGGGUCGGGGGUACCAGGUGUUUAGGUGCGGAGGUCCCAAUACAGUAAGGCCUGGGGGAAGGAUGUCUCAUCCCACCGGGGAAGCCUGCACUUGGAUGGCAGCCAAGGUAUGAGCACGUGCAUAGAACUCCUGGCACGUGCGCACAUGGCGGAGUCCCCAGAGCAAAGAGAAACAGGGAAGGGUGACGAGUUACAGGGACACGCACCAUUAUAAGUUCUGCUACUGAGCGUACUUUAACAAUGGACACACUUUGGCCGAUUGCGUCUUUGUUUUGUUCUAAAGUGCCGAAAAGGGCCGUCCAACAAAACCCUGGUCAAACGCUGCAGAUGGGCCUCAGUUAUCAGCAAUAAUAUUCAAAUUUGCAGAGCUGUUGGAGCAAGCCAAUUUCAAUUUCAACGGUUAAAUUUUAAUUGCGUGCUCCCCUCAUUAGGCUAGUGCCGUCACGUUCUCCACAUUAAAUAGAAGGUGCCCCAAGUGAAAUAAUUGGUGAAGAGAGCCGCAGUUCGCUAAAUGACGCUCAUACCUCUUUAACUUCUGAACCUUUCCCUCUCCCUCUCCCUCUCUCUCUCUCUCUCUCUCUCUCUCUCUCUCUCUCUCUCUCUCUCUCUCUCUCUCUCUCUCUCUCUCUCUCUCUCUCUCUCUCUCUCUACUCAGGGUCAGAGGUUUACCAAUUGAUAUACAAUCGUGGGCUUCUCUCUCUCUCUCUCUCUCUCUCUCUCUCUCUCUCUCUCUCCCCCUCCCUCCCUCCCUCUCUCACCUGUAACGUGAACGUCAGUGAGCCGAGGAAAAAGGGGAAUUUUUUGCCCCGUCUGCCAAACCAACGGGUAUUUAAUUGGUUCUUCAAAGCCGCGUGUGGUGGCAGGGAUCAGAUAUGGGAGAGACUGCGCAGUGUUGCGGGGGAAGGCUGUGUUCUGGCCGAUAAUAAGGCGAAUGAGAGCCCUCUUUAUCGCGCUGUGUAUCACUGCCCUGUGAAGGAAAGCCCUUAUCUGGCCUCCAAUAAUCCGAAAACUAAGUUAAACACCUAACGGUACACACAGAGUCAACUGGCAUUUCUUACUAACGUAUCCCCCUCCCCCCAAAUCGAUACACUCGCAGAAACUCCCCAAGUUCGGAAAACAUAUUAGCAACUAGUGACUUUAACUAGCGAUGUUUUACCGUUUAGUUGAAUGGCCUAAAUGUGACGUGGUAGGUAUUUUGGUGUGGCUCUUGGAAACAGGGGAGGGGAGGGGGGUGGAGGUUACCUACACCCCACCCCCUCCCCGUAAUCUGUUUAAUUCUCUCCAGGUUGUUAUGGUUACAGUUGCCUUACGGUUUGACCCCUCACCUGUCCGCUGAUGCUUUGUAGUGGUUGAUACCUCACGUUGGGUGUGGCAGUGACGAUUGUGUGCGUCACGUUCUGUCCAAUGUGUUUUACCGCUAGAUAGAAUGUGCAGUUCAGUGCCGUAUUCAGUUCAAAUUGUUUAUUGCACUUGUUGACUUUGUAUCGUUCCGACAGGAAGAAAUAAAAAUGAGUUUUAUCUUUUCCAUUGUGUUUAAACUAAA